UUGAGAGCUCCGGGGCCGGGGCCCCCGGGAGCGGGUCGCAUGGCCCCGGGGCGCGGGCGUUGGCGGCUGCGGGCUGCCCGGGGGGGCGGGCUGGCCGUCCCCGUCCCCGUCCCCGCGCCCGUCCCCGCGCCGAGCCCAGGGGGUUUGGGCGCGCGCGGCUCUUGAUGGCCCUGCGCACUGGGACGGCUUGGCUUGGGCAGGUCCUGCGCACAGCGUCCCGGCUGCGGGGCACCUGGGCCAGGCGCUCCAGCAGCCUCCUGUGCCUGUCCGCCGAGCCCCCGCCCGGCCGCCCCCCGCCGCUGCCCCCGUGCUGCUGGCGGCUCCCCCCCGCCUGCCGCCGCUGCUGCUGCUGCUGCUGCUGCGUGCUGUCGGAUCCCCGGGCGGCCAGGGGGGGACAUGGUCCUCGCACUCGCCCCUUGCUGGCGGCCAUGAAGAGGCAGAACGUGCGGACCCUGUCCCUGAUCAUCUGCACGUUCACCUACCUGCUGGUGGGCGCCGCCGUCUUCGAUGCCCUGGAGUCCGACCACGAGAUGCGGGAGGAGGAGAAGCUCAAAGCCGAGGAGAUCCGGCUCAAGGGGAAGUACAACAUCACCAGCGAGGACUACCGGCAGCUGGAGCUGGUCAUCAUGCAGUCCGAGCCCCACCGCGCCGGCGUCCAGUGGAAAUUUGCCGGCUCUUUCUACUUUGCCAUCACGGUCAUCACCACUAUCGGUUAUGGGCAUGCUGCCCCGGGGACUGACGCAGGGAAGGCCUUCUGCAUGUUUUACGCUGUCCUGGGGAUCCCACUGACACUGGUCAUGUUCCAGAGCCUGGGCGAGCGCAUGAACACCUUUGUCAAGUACCUCCUGAAACGCAUCAAAAAGUGCUGCGGGAUGAGGAGCACGGAGGUCUCCAUGGAAAACAUGGUCACUGUGGGUUUCUUCUCUUGCAUGGGAACCCUCUGCAUUGGAGCGGCAGCCUUUUCCCAAUAUGAGGAAUGGAGCUUUUUCCACGCUUACUAUUACUGCUUUAUAACAUUGACUACGAUAGGGUUUGGAGACUAUGUGGCCCUGCAGACCAAAGGGGCCCUUCAAAAGAAGCCGCUGUACGUGGCUUUUAGCUUUAUGUACAUCCUCGUGGGGUUGACAGUCAUUGGGGCAUUUCUAAAUCUGGUUGUUCUCAGGUUCUUAACCAUGAACAGUGAGGACGAGAGGCGGGAUGCUGAGGAGCGGGCAUCCCUGGCGGGGAACCGCAACAGCAUGAUUAUCCACAUCCAAGAGGACUCCCAGCACGGUCGGCCGCGGUACAAGGCCGAAGUAACAGACCUUCAAUCCGUUUGUUCCUGCAUGUGUUACAGGUCCCACGAGUACACCAGCCGGGUGGUGUCCCACCAAAAUUCGUUCAGCUCCAAGCUGAACCCUCAGUACUUUCACUCCAUCUCUUACAAGAUAGAGGAGAUCUCACCAAGCACAUUAAAAAACAGCCUUUUCCCAUCUCCCGUUAGCUCCAUCUCACCUGGGUUGCACAGCUUUACAGAUAACCACAGGCUGAUGAAAAGGCGAAAGUCCAUUUAAAGCGAUCGGUCUUCUUUUGCUCUUCUUGUUUCCCCCAAUUCUUUUUUGGUUCCUUGAGUGAGACGGAGCGAGGCCAAAGGGAGUAUAAAAAGCCAGUCCUCCUCCGAGACUCCGCUCUUGAGCAUGAAGCAUGGAUUAUUACUGUUCCAGCAAAGUAUGCCUUACAUUACCCCCUCGGUGGAUUUCAGAGGAUUCGAGGUGACGCGAAGUGGGUACCAAAUCCAAAGUUGCACACAAAGCUGGGAGCCUUCACGUGCCAGCGGCACUCCUGACCUAAUAAACUCUUUUCCUCACAAGCAGGUUGCUGUGUGCGUGCGUGCGUGCGUGUGGGAUGUGUGUGCGUGCAAUUCCACAACUAGUGCCAUGUGACAAAAACUCAAAGCAUCAGGUAUUAAUUUUUCCCCUUGAAGCAAUUGUGUUCCAGCCUGCUUUUAACUUUUAGAUUGCUUCCAAAGGA